AUGUCUGACGUCGAAGAACAACAAGAACAACAACCAGUUGUCCAAGAAGAAUUACAAUUAGUUGAAUUAGCUACUCCAAUCCCAGCUGAAGUUCAAGCUGCUCAACAAGAAGUUAAGUUAUUCAACAAAUGGUCUUUUGAAGACGUUGAAGUUAAGGAUGUCUCCUUAGUUGACUACAUUCAAAUCAGACAACCAGUUUUUGUUCCACACACUGCUGGUAAAUACGCCAACAAGAGAUUCAGAAAGGCCCAAUGUCCUAUCCUCGAAAGAUUGACCAACGCUUUAAUGAUGAACGGUAGAAACAACGGUAAGAAGUUGAAGGCUGUUAGAAUCAUCCAACACGCUUUAGAAAUCAUCCACGUUUUAUCCGAACAAAACCCAAUUCAAGUUGUCGUUGAUGCUAUUGUCAACUCUGGUCCAAGAGAAGACUCCACCAGAAUUGGUUCAUCCGGUACCGUCAGAAGACAAGCCGUUGAUGUUUCUCCAUUAAGAAGAGUUAACCAAGCUGUCUCUUUAAUCACCAUCGGUGCCAGAGAAGCUGCUUUCAGAAAUAUCAAGACCAUUGCUGAAUGUUUAGCUGAAGAAUUAAUUAACGCUGCUAAGGGUUCUUCUACUUCUUACGCUAUCAAGAAGAAGGAUGAAUUAGAAAGAGUUGCCAAGUCUAACCGUUAA